AUGGAAGCCCAGAAUGAGCCUAUUGCCAUCAUUGGCACCGGUUGCCGCUUCCCCGGGAGUUGCGACAGUCCCUCAAAGCUCUGGAAGUUGCUGGAAAAGCCACGCGACCUGUUGAAGAAAAUCCCAAAUGAUCGAUUUAGUGCUGAUGGGUUUUACCACCCAAAAAAUUCUCACCAUGGCACUAGCAACGUGCGACACUCUUACCUGCUCGACGAGGAUUUGCGUACCUACGAUGCCCAAUUCUUUGGGGUCAAGGCGAUCGAGGCCAGCUCCAUGGAUCCUCAGCAGCGUCUGCUUAUGGAAACCGUGUACGAGGCUCUGGAAUCGGCUGGGCUUUCUAUCAAACAACUUCAGGGCUCCGACACGGCCGUUUAUGUUGGUGUUAUGAGCGCCGAUUUUAUGGAUAUGCUCGCGCGUGACGUCGAAAAGUUUCCAACUUAUUUCGCCACUGGAACUGCACGCAGCAUUUUGAGCAACCGCCUCUCCUACUUUUACGAUUGGCACGGUCCAUCCAUGACAAUCGACACAGCUUGCUCGUCGAGUUUGAUUGCCUUGCAUCAAGCUGUACAGGUCCUUCGUUCCAGGCAGUCCAAGGUGGCAGUGGCUGCCGGAUCAAACAUCAUAUUGGGCCCAGAGCAGUACAUCGCGGAGAGCAAGCUUCAGAUGCUAUCGCCGGAUGGUCGCAGCCGUAUGUGGGACGCCGAGGCUAACGGUUACGCCCGUGGAGAGGGUGUUGCGGCUGUCGUUCUCAAGACUUUGAGCCAGGCUCUCGCUGACGGGGAUCACAUUGAGUGCAUCAUCCGGGAAACCGGAAUCAACCAAGACGGCAAGACCCCCGGUAUCACGAUGCCGAGUGCCACGGCACAGGCCGCCCUGAUUAGAUCUACCUACGCCAGGGCCGGUCUUGAUCUGCGUAAAGCGACCGACCGACCUCAGUUUUUUGAGGCUCAUGGCACGGGUACUCCGGCUGGUGACCCAAUAGAGGCUGCCGCCAUCAGCAAAGCCUUUUUUGGGGAUGAUGUAAAGCCCCGUUCCAGAGACGGCCACGACACUCUAUUUGUUGGUUCUAUCAAAACAGUCAUUGGCCACACCGAAGGCACUGCCGGCCUCGCCGCUAUCAUCAAGGCGUCUACGGCACUGCAGGCAGGCAUUCUGCCGCCGAACCGACUGUUCCACAAGUUGAAUCCCAAGAUUGAGCCUUACUACUCAAACUUGAAAAUCCUGACAGAGGCUCAGCCCUGGCCAAGGCUGCCUGAAGCCGGCACGCGGAGAGUAAGCGUCAACAGCUUCGGGUUUGGAGGUGCAAAUGCACACGCCAUUGUCGAGUCUGCGGAUGGCUACAUCGCCAGGAGGGCCGCUGCACCAAACCCCCGCUCGUUUGCUCCCUGUCCCCUGUCGGCCGCCUCGGAGACGGUGCUCACCGCCAUGAUGGAACGCCUCAGGAGCUACCUCAAAAGUCAGAUAGCAUCCGGCCGCACGGACAUCAACAUGCGCGACCUGGCGUGGACGUUGUGCAGCCGCCGCUCGACCUUGGGCGUCCGCAGUGUGCUGCCCGCGGCCAAGAGCCCGCAGGACCUGCUGGACAAGCUGGAAGCAUCCGCCCAGCUGCCCCCGCCUGCGACCUCGACCAAGAAAGCGCCCGAAACAGGCCUGAGGGUGUUUGGCGUAUUCACUGGACAGGGCGCCCAAUGGCCGCGCAUGGGAGCCGAGCUCAUUGAAGAUUCGCCGACCGUCGCCAGCAUUGUCCGUCGCCUCGAUCAAAGUCUACAGUCUUUGCCGGUGCGAGACAGGCCCUUAUGGACGCUGCGCGACCACCUGCUGGCCCCGAAGGAGUCAUCCCAAGUGUACAUUGCAUCCUUGUCCCAACCCCUGUGCACGGCAUUACAGAUAAUCCUGGUGGACCUGCUCAAGGUUGCCGGUAUAACGUUUUCCGGCGUCGUCGGCCACUCGUCAGGUGAAAUAGGCGCCGCCUACGCCGCCGGCUACCUCACGGCGUCGGACGCCAUACGCGUGGCUUACUACCGCGGCCUGCACCUCAAAUUGGUGACCACGAAGGGGGCCAUGCUGGCCGCGGGGACGACCUUUAACGACGCACAGGAGCUCUGCUCCCUACCGGCAUUCGAAGGGCGCGCGUGCGUGGCUGCCAGCAACUCCCCGGCCAGCGUCACCCUGUCCGGCGACGCCGAUGCCAUCGAGGAGAUCCAGAUCAUCCUCGGGGAGGAGAAGAAGUUUAACCGCAUGCUCCAGGUCGAUCGCGCCUAUCACUCGCACCACAUGAACGUCCUGGCCGAGCCCUACAAGCGCUCGCUCGAGGAGUGUGGGAUCAAGCCCCUGCGACCUGCUGGUGGCUGCCGUUGGGUGUCGUCCGUCUUUACUUGCGACGUUUCCGACAUCCCAUCUGACGUGAGUCUGGGGAGCUCUUACUGGGUUGCCAAUCUCGUCCAACCGGUCCGGUUCACCGAGGCCUUGGAGAUGCUGUACUGGGGUGCUGCACUGAACGGAGGAUUUGACCUCGGAAUCGAGGUUGGACCGCACCCGGCCCUCCAAGGACCUGUCAAACAAACAGUGCAAGAAUUCACGGCCGACUCGCCGUUGGCCUACACUGGACUGAUGAAGCGGGGAGAAAACAGCACUGAAGCCAUGUCCAAGGGCCUUGGGUACAUCUGGCAGACCUUUGGGGAAGGCGUCGUGGAUUUCGGUGCAUACGAGGCAUUUUGUGCCGGCGAACCUGCAGGUAAGUCGACCUUUGCCGUCACCAAGGGCCUCCCCACCUAUCCCUGGGAUCACAGCCGAACGCUCUGGCAAGAGUCUCGGUUAUCAAAAGCCUUCAGGACGAGCGACAAACCUCCACACGAGCUACUUGGGCGCCAGCUGCUGGACGGAGUGCCAGACCGGUUGCGAUGGCGCAACAUCAUCAAGCGAAGUGAGAUCGAUUGGCUCGAGGGCCAUCAAGUGCAAAGCCAGAUCGUCUUCCCGGCGGCUGGAUACAUCUCGGCCUGUAUCGAGGCGUGCAUGCUCGCCUUUGCGGGAGACGAAUCCCCCUUGCAGUGCAUUGAGCUCCUCGACUUUGACAUUGGACAUGCCAUGGUGAUUGAAGAGGACGACAACCUGGGGGUCGAUGCCAUGAUUGAGCUGAGCGACAUCACCAGGUCGGACAAGACCAUAAAAGCUAGGUUUGGAUUCCACUCGACCGCCAGCAACGACUCUCUUCCCAUGAACACUCAUGCCAGCUGCAGAGUUAUUGUCAAUCUUGGUAUCUCUGAUUGCAAUGUUUUACCGUCGAAGCCGCAUAACGAUGACAAGGUCUUCCUAUUGGACGUCGAGGCGGAGCGAUUCUACAACAACCUCGAUGGUCUUGGAUUCAACUACUCUGGACCAUUCCGCGCACUCGAGGGAUUGAAAAGGCGCCUGGGGUACGCAGAGGGGUUUAUUCAGAAUGCCUCGUCAGCAAUAGAUCCAAACGUCGUACCGCCGCUGUUGAUCCAUCCCGCCACUCUGGACCUUGGCAUUCAGUCCAUCAUGCUGGCGUACUCUUACCCGGGAGACACCAUGCUGCGCUCAAUCUAUCUCCCCACGCGUUUCGAACGCAUACUCGUCAACCCAGCGCUCUGCGCCGACUUUGCCGGCCAGCGGGCCAAGGUUCCAUUUGAUGCCGUUGCGUUUACCGGCGCCGUGAAAAGCGUGACGGGCGACAUCAACAUCUACUCACCUCGAGGAACAUCUUUCAAGGCUCUGCAGCUUGAAGGGCUCCAGACGCGGCCGCUGUCCGAGUCCGAGGGCAUCAGUGUUUUUACCGAGAUGUCCUGGAACGUUGCGACACCCGACAGCGAGAUGGUCGUCGCAACCACCUCGGUCCCGCCGCUGGAUGCAGAGUUUUUCUUCACCCUCGAGCGUGUGGGCUACUACUACCACCGCGUUCUCAAUGCCGCGUUCCCCCGUUGCGAACGCGAUAAUUUGGAGUGGAAUUUCAAAAGGCUGCUCGAGUACAACGAUUCCGUCCUGGACGGGGUCGACAAGGGUAGGAACCCGUUUGCGCGGGCGGAGUGGAGGAACGAUUGCAAGGAGACCAUCGACGAGAUCUUGGACAAGUACCCCAACAGCCCCGAUCUGAGGCUUCUGCGCGCCGUCGGUGAGAAUAUCGUGGCCGUGGUGAAGCAAGAGACGACCAUAUUGGAGCACAUGAUCGAGGAAGACAAACUCAACAUAUUUUACGAGUUUGGAGAGGGUUUUCCCCAAUACGCGUCGUACAUGGGUGCAUUUGCUGGUCAGCUCGCCCAUCGCUAUCCGCACAUGAGGGUCCUGGAAAUCGGCGGUGGGACGGGCAUGGCGACCAAAGCCAUUAUUAAAGAGGUCGGUGACCAGUUUUCGACGUACGACUUCACCGACGUUUCCAGUGGAUUCUUCCCCAAGGCCUCGGCUACUUUCUCUCAGUACAAGUCCAAAAUGAACUUUCAAGUUCUCGACAUCGAAAAAGACCCAUUGGAACAGGGGUUUAAACAAGGCUCGUACGACCUUAUUGUGGCGUCUUUGGUGCUCCACGCCACCCGCAACCUCACUGAAACUAUGGCGAACGUUCGGAAACUGCUCAAGCCGGGCGGUUAUCUUCUGCUGAUGGAAGUCACAGAGAACGAGCAGAUGAGGUUCGGGCUUUUGUUCGGCGGUCUUCCUGGAGCAUGGCUUGGAGCCGAAGAAGGCCGGACCUUGUCUCCCUGCGUCGGUAUGAAAGAGUGGGAGGCGGUUCUCAAGAAAACCGGCUUCGGCGUGGAAACAUCUGUUCCGCACCACGAGACUCUCCCGGUCCCAUUCUCCGUCAUUGUAGCACAGGCUCUCGACGACAAGGUCGAGUUUUUGAAGCAACCUUUAGUCCAGGCUGCCGAGGACGGCACUGUGAUACCUGCUCGGCUGACGAUUGUCGGAGGCGGACCCAAGAGUUCUGCGUUGGCUUCCGAGGUAACUAAACUCCUCGGCCCGCGCUAUGAAAACAUCAGAUACAUUGAGGCCUUGGAUAAAGUCCGAGGCGACGAUUUAGGGGUGGGCGGCAGUCUCCUGUGUUUGGCAGAUCUCGAUGGCCCUGUGCUCAAGUCUAUAGACGAGGGCAAGCUUCGUGGCUUCCAGGACAUCUUUCAGCAUUCCAAAAACGUUCUCUGGGUCACGAGCGGUGUGCGCGAGGGAGAUCCCUACGCGAGGAUGGUAAUUGGGUUCGGGAGGACUAUUGUGCUUGAGAUGCUGCACCUGCGACUCCAGUUCCUCGACCUCGAGUCCAACACGACACCAAGCGCCUCGGCCGUUGCCGCGACGAUGCUUCGAUUCGAUGUCACGGGAUCUUGGGAUGAAGAACACGGAGACAUGUCAUCUUGUCUGUUACACUCCACCGAGCCCGAGUUAUUCCUCGAUACCAAAGGGAGACUAUUUGUUCCCCGCUUCAAGCACAAUCACGAAAUGAACAACCGCUACCAGUCGAGCAAGGCUAAUAUUAAAGAGAUGGUGGACGCGGAUGCUUGUACCCUUGAGCUUUGCCAUUCGAGCGAGAGUGAGACGUGGGAGCUCAGCAAGGUGGAUGCUCCUGCGACCCUUCCGUUGUGGGUUUCACGGGAGCAUCUCGUCGACGUGGAUGUCAUGUACUCUGUCAAUCGGUCCGUGGCCAUAACAAAAGACUGCUUUCUUUUCCCAAUUUUGGGAAAGGAGAGCCGCACGGGAAGGCCCGUUGUGGGACUGGCUCCGACCCUGACGUCCAACGUCGUCAUUCCAAGCUCUUUCAUUCUCCACGGCAUCUUCACUUCAGAGGAUCGCGCAGUCGACACUCUCGAGACGUUCUUUUCCGUCUUGAUUGCACACGCAGCCCUGGGCGGUGACUGUGAGGAUCUGUCCGGCACACGAGUUAUCGUGGUAGAACCCCGGAACCAAUUGGCAAAUUCCAUCAGCGGGCUCGCGACUGGCGGGAAUGCCAGCGUGCUGUGUCUGACGUCCAAGCUCGGAACCCAGUGGACCCACAUCGGACCCAAGACGCCGAAGCUGGCCAUCAAACAAUUGGUCCGGCCUGAUGCUGGCGCCAGAUCCAGCUGCUGCAUCUUGGACAUGGCGGAGGACGGCGGUCUCGCUGAAACCAUUGCCAGCUUCUUGCCGUCCACGCAGCGUCGCGUCAUCCGAAAGGCCGACUUGACUGCUCACUCUGGCUUUUUGCCCGCGCGAGACUGCUCCAGAGAGAUCCGGUCGCUCGUCUCUGGUGUUUUCCAUCACAUCAUGAGCAGGGUGGACGGGCCAACGGAGCUACCGGUGCUUGCACCCACUGACGCGACGGCGCCGGAGACGCCCGCCGAGUUUGUCGUCUCUUGGAAGUCGACAACCAGGACGGUUGCCGUGUCUGUGGAGCCCAUCGAAACCAGGGUCAAAUUCCAGGCUGACAAGACUUACUGGCUCGUUGGUCUUACGGGUAACCUGGGCCUCUCGCUUUGUGCGUGGAUGGUAAACCAAGGCGCUCGUCACAUUGUCGUCAGCAGCAAAAACCCCAAAGUUGACGGCGCCUUUUUGUCCAAGAUGAAGGGCAAGGGCGUCAACUUCAAAGUGCUUCCCCUCGAUGUUUGCGAUCGCGACUCUGUUCGAGCGACGUACAAAACCAUCCAAAGCACGAUGCCGGCCGUUGCUGGAGUAUGCCAAGGCGCCAUGGUGCUGCACGACACCAUGUUUACAGAGCUCGACGUGGAGCGGGUCGAAAAGGUCACCAGGCCCAAGGUACAAGGCAGCCUGUACCUCGAGGAAAUCUUCCACGACACGGCCCUGGACUUUUUCGUCUUUUUCUCGUCCAUAGCCUCCGUGGUCGGCAACCCGGGCCAGUCAGCCUACGCCGCAGCCAACAUGUUCAUGUCCGGCCUCGCGACGCAACGCAGAAAUCGGGGACUGAACGCGUCGGCCGUGGCGAUCGGCGCCAUCUUUGGCAACGGGUACGUCACGAGGGAGUUGACGCUGGCACAGCAGGAAUAUCUGAAGAAGGUGGGGAACCGGUGGCUGUCGGAGCAGGAUUUCCACACCCUCUUCGCAGAAGCUGUCUACGCCGGCCAGUCGCACCGCGGCAAAAACCACGAGUUCGCCACGGGGCUGAUGACUAUCGAAGACGGCGACGACUUUGGUCAGAGGGUCACUUGGUUCAAAAACCCCAUGUUCCAGCACUCUGUGAGGACGGGUGGUAACCAAGGACAGGCCGGCGAGACUGGCAAGAGCCACCGAAGAGUCCAGACCAAGGUUUUGCUUCAAGACGCCGUCAGUGCCGAGGACAUACGCGAAAUCAUCUAUGGUGAGUACCCAGAGCCAAUCCUGGAACAUGGCAUCAGGAAGGUGCAGAAUCUAACCCAGCUCCUUGAACGCGGUAUAGAUGCCUUUGCCCUCAAGCUGCAGGAGGCUUUGCAGGUCGAAAAGGGCCGUCCCGUCGGCAACUUGACGGCAGAUACUCUCGGCAUCGACUCGUUGGUCGCCGUUGACAUCCGGUCCUGGUUCAUAAAGGAGCUGCAGGUCGAGGUUCCAGUGCUCAAGAUUCUCAGCGGCGCGACGGUCGACGACAUGAUUGCUCAAGCUCAGAGGCUACUGCCCAAGGAACUGAUACCCAAAUUCGAUGACAAGGCAACUGGCCUCAGCAAGCCGCGGGGAAGGUUCGAGCCGGCAGCGGCGCCACCGGCAUCACCAGUGCAAAAGCAGGAACCGAUCAAGGCCAAGCCUGAAAAGGCUACAGCCCCAGCCCCAGCCCCAGCCGUUGCUCCUCCAGUGCAGAAGGUGGACAAGUCAGUUCCGCCAACCAAGAUUGAUACUGCCCCUCAUACCUCCAAGUCAGCAAUGUCAGUGUUGAUACCAGCUGAUGACGAAAGCUCCACUGGGCCCAAGUCCACCCCCAACACCGACUACUUCGGCCAAACCCCCACCAAAUCCAGUGGUUCUUCGCCGUGGAGUUCCAAAAGUUUAUGGUCCGAGAUUGAGAGGCCCGACAGCCCCGACAGCCCAGACACCCCACCACUCUCGCGCAGCGCAGGUGUCAGCCUCGCCCAGGCAGCCAUAAGCAAGCAUCUGAAAGAAAACCAUGCCAUCGCCAGCGCCGGCUUCGAGAUCACCAAGAGCGGGCCCAUUUCCUUUGCCCAGUCCAGGUUCUGGUUCCUGCAGCACUUUCUCGAGGAUCCCGCCUCGGCUCUCAACAUCACCGUGGACAUCAACCUCCAAGGUGCUCUCAACGUCCCGAAGCUGGAGAAGGCGGUCGCUUCGGUGGGGAGGCGACACGAGGCCCUCCGCACCAGGUUCACGGCCGCCACGAACUCGGAAGGCGUCAUGCAGGAGGUCCUCGCAGCGUCGUGUCUGGGUCUCGAAGUCUACGACGUCAAAGGCGCUGCCGACGCCGAGGCCUUUUACAAGGCGCUCUCUGCGCACAGUUACAGACUCGACCGGGGUGAGAAUAUGAGAAUCGUGCUCCUCCGCAUGAGUCCAAAGUCAUUCCGCCUCCUCAUCGGCUAUCACCAUAUAAACAUGGAUGGAGUCAGUCUCGAGGUUGUUUUGCAGGAGCUGCAGCUCGGAUACAGCGGUGGCGCUCUCAAGCCCGAGUCGCAAAUCUUGCAGUACCCCGACUUUUCCAGACAGCAACACUCGGACUACGACUCUGGCCGCUUGGCUGACGAUCUUGCAUUCUGGCGCAGCGAGUUCAGAGGCCAGGCCCCGCCCGUGCUUCCUCUUUUGCCUUUGGCCAAGAUUCAAUCCCGCAAACCCUUGACCACGUAUUCGACAACCACGACCGAAUUUUGUCUAGAUGAAGAGGAGAUGCACAAGAUCCAGGCGGUCUGCCAGAUGCUUAAGGUGUCGCCUUUCCACUUCCACCUCGCCAUUUUUUACACCCUUUUGGCGCGAUUCGUGGACGUCGACGACCUGUGCAUCGGCGUCAGCUCGGCGAACCGCCAGACUCCCGAAACCAUGUCGAGCGUCGGCAUGUACCUCAAUCUCCUGCCGCUGGUUUUUAAAGUCGACCGCAGCCACACUUUUGCAAACGCCAUCAAGAUGAUCAGAGCCAAGGCCCUGGCGGCCUUCAGCCACGCCGCGGUGCCGUUCGACCUCAUGAUCAAGGACCUCGGCGUCGCCGGCACCAGCUCCCACAGCCCCGUAUUCCAGGCCAUGGUCAACUACCGCCCGGGAGUCUCGACCUCUCGACGAUUUUGCGACUGCGAUAGUGAGGUCGCCACCUUCAAGCAGGGCGAGGUGCCUUACGACUUGGCUUUGGAUAUUAUGGAAAACCCCGGCGGUUCAUCCCUGAUCAUGCUCACCGGCCAGUCGGUCUAUUACGGCAAGACGGAAAUGGAGCUCAUCAAGGGCAUUUAUUUAGAGCUCGUCAAGUCCAUUACUCAGAACCCAGCAACUCGAUUGAAGGCUGCGACCAUCUUCAACUCUAGUCAGGUCAAUGCUUCUAUCCAACUUGGACGCGGCAUCUAUCAAAAACCACAAUGGCCCGCCACUUUGGUGCAUCGCAUCGAUAACAUGGCCGAGCGUUAUCCUGAUAACAUUGCCGUAAAAAAUGGCCAAGGAGACCGCAUUACCUACCGAGAGAUGUCACAAAAAGUCGAUUGCAUCAGUCACGCUUUGAGCAACGACUCUUCUUGCCCCAUCGGCGUCAGGAGCACAGUCGGCGUUCUCCUUGAUCCAAGCUCGGACUGGAUUUGCUCGAUUCUGGCCAUCCUGCGCCUAGGAGCAAGAUAUGUGCCCCUUGACAUCGUGACGGGAUGGGAAAGACUAUCGUCCGUAGUUCGCGAUUGCAAGCCGGACCUCAUAUUGGUCAACAACCGCCUAGAAUCCCAAACAAGAAAUCUCGGGGACACCAUCGCGACUGCGCAAUUCGUCAACAUUGAGAAACUCGCCCCGGCUACAAAUCAGCGUAGAUGUCUCAUCGCAACCGAGGCUGACCAUGUUGCCGCCCUCAUGUACACCAGCGGAUCGACAGGUGUACCCAAGGCGAUAGUUAUCAAGCACGAAUCCAUGCGAAACAGCAUCGAAGCUUUCACAAAGGUGGUGGAAUACCGCGAGGGACAGGAGGUUUCGCUCCACCAGAGCUCAUACAGUUUCGACAUGUCACUGAGUCAAAUCUUCCUUGACCUCGCCAACGGAGGGACUGUACACGUCGUCCCGAGGGCACUGCGCGGCGACCCAGAGGCCAUCUCGUCCAUAAUCGCCAGAGAGGGCAUCACCUUCACAAGUGCCACCCCAUCCGAGGUCAUCUCUUGGAUCGAGCACGGGAGUCUCUUGGAGCUUGGCAGGUCCAGCUUGAGAAAAGUAGUGUGCGGAGGCGAACCGGUCAAGCAGAGUUUGAUCAACGGCCUGCGCAAAAUAGACAAACCGGAUCUGGCCUUCUUCGAUGGCUACGGCCCCACCGAGAUCACGUUUUGCUGCGCCAUGAGGGCGGUCGAUUACCGCAGCGACGCGCCGCCAAACACCGAGGCGGGAGGGUUCAAGCCCUGGCCCAAUGUCUCGGUCUACAUCCUCGACGCCGACCAGAACAUCGUACCUGCUGGCGUCACCGGCGAGAUCGCAAUCGGCGGUGGGGGUGUCGUCGCGGGGUACAGUGACCACAAGCUGAGUGCUGCCGCCUUCAAGCAUGACAAGUGGGCCUCCUCCGAGUUCGUCCAGAGCGGUUGGACCCGUCUGCACCUGACCGGAGACGUUGGCAAGAUUGACCCAACCGACGGCACGCUCAAGCUCAAGGGGAGGAUCGCCGGCGAUACCCAGAUCAAGCUCCGCGGAAUGCGCCUCGACGUUCGCGAGGUUGAGCUGGCCAUCAUGAAGACCGCCCAAGGCGAGAUCAACGACGUUGUGGUCACGGCGCACAACAACAAGGCGACGGGCGCCAGCUCCUUGAUUGCGUUUGCCAUUGUGGCUGAUCCCAAGGCCUCUCACGACUUCAGCCGCGUUCUGGCUCGGCUUCCUUUGCCACAGUACAUGCGCCCGGCAGCAAUCUUCCCCGUUGACAAGUUCCCCACCAAUGCAUCAGGCAAGGUCGAUAGGAUCGCCAUCAGGAAUCUCGAUCUGCCUCAGACCCAAGACUUUGAUCGCAAGUCGGCCGUCAACAGCGAUGCUCACCUCACAGACACCGAAUCACGGCUGGCGCAGCUCUGGACUCAAGUCAUAACAAAGGGUGUGAUUUCGCAGUACCAAAUCACCAACGAGUCCAACUUCUUCCACGUCGGCGGGACCUCCAUCCUGCUCGUCCAGCUUCGGUCGGCAAUCGAGGCCUCCUUCGGCACAAGGCCCACCCUGUUCCAGCUGUUUGAGGCAGGCACGCUGGCAACCAUGGCGGCCCUCAUAGCACCGCUCUCCUCCAGCUCGACACCAGCAUCAAAGAGUCCCAACAAGCAUCUCGGCACCACUCGGACCACAGAGACAGACUGGGAGGAGGAAACACGCAUCUCUCCGGACCUAGUCGACGUGCGCGGCGAGAGCGACCACUUUGGGAACCCUACCGUCGUCGUCCUCACCGGCGCAACGGGCUUCCUCGGCAGAUCCAUCCUGGGGCGACUGCUUCAGGACAACGUCGUGGAAAAGAUUCACUGCCUCGCGGUGCGCAGCGAUCCCAAGGACGACCUCUUCCGCUCCCCCAAGGUUGUGGUGCACCGAGGAGACCUGGCAGCUCGCAACUUUGGCAUGCCCACCAAGGAGCUCGCCGACAUCUUCUCCGAGGCGCACGCCGUAAUCCACAACGGCGCCGACGUGUCCUUCAUGAAGACCUACGCCACCCUCAAGCCGGCCAACUAUGAAAGCACCAAGCAGCUCGUACGCCUGUGCCUGCCGCGCCGCAUUUCCUUCCACUACAUCUCCUCGGCCAGCAUCGUCCAGCUCACGCAAAAGGAUACCUGGGGCCUCGAGUCGGUCCAAGACUACCCUCCCAUACCGAGCAGGAACGCGACCGGCUACGUGGCGACCAAGUGGGCCAGCGAACGGUACCUCGAAAAGGUCAGCGACAAGUGCGACCUGCCCAUCUGGAUCCACCGGCCGUCCUCCAUCAAAAACCCCGAGGCGGCGGCGGCGGGCCGGCCGGCCGGCGACCUUAUCUCUAACCUGAUGCACUACUCGCGCGAGCUCAGGUCCAUCCCCGAGGUGUGCUCGUGGAACGGCUGGCUCGACUUCGUCGCGGUGGAGACGACGGCCUCGGAGAUCGUCGACGAGGUCUACAGGGACUUUUUCUGGCCCGGCCACGUGUGUUACCUGUACCAGAGCGGCGACGAGAUCAUCCCGCUGGCGGACCUCAGGUCCACGCUACAGCGUGAGGCAGGCUGCGAGUUCGAGGUGCUAAAGAUGGACGAGUGGGUGGCGAGGGCACAGGCUAAAGGCAUGAGCGAGCUGCUUGGGGAUUACCUCUGUGCUUCAGCCAACGCCCCUGUGACGUUGGCCAUGUUGCAAAAGGGAGAGGCUUGGCAUUGA